GCUGUAAACAGCUGUUUAGCACUGAUUACAAAACAAAAAGUUGUGGAUUUACAAUGGAAUUUAAGUUUAAACAAUGAUACUGCUGCAAAUCGUGCGCAAAAUGAGCCAAGCGACGGCAUCCAUUGAGCAACUUUCGGCGUUGCGCGUGAAAUACAAUGAGCGCAAGGAUGUUUUUCUGGAGCAGAAUAUUAAGAUCAAGGACCCAUUUUGCGUAUUUCGCGACUGGAUGAACGAUGCGCUGAAUACGAAGGAGAUCAUUGAGCCAAAUGCCGCCGCUUUGGCCACAGUGGAUGCGGCGGGGAAACCCUCGAAUCGAUUUGUCCUGGUGAAGGAGGCCUCCGCCGAGGGCUUCACUUUCUUCACCAACUACGAAAGCCGCAAGGCCGAGGACAUUGCAUCCAAUUCGAAUGUGGCAAUUGCCAUCUAUUGGAUGCCCCUGCGCCGCAGCGUUCGCAUCGAGGGCAUCGCCGAGAAGAUACCGCAUCAGGCGUCCCUCAAAUAUUUCCAUGAGCGACCACGCGCCAGUCAAAUUGGUGCGGCUGCCAGUCCGCAGAGUAAGCGCAUCCCGUCACGCAGCUACCUGGACGAGGUGGAGACGGGCAUCAAGCAGAAACUGGGCCCAGACGGCGAGGUGCCGCUGCCCAAUUGGGGUGGCUACCUGGUGCGACCUUCGACCAUCGAGUUCUGGCAGGGACAAACGGAUCGCUUGCACGAUCGCAUCCGCUUUCGACGUGGUCCAGCAGUCGCCGCUGAAGUCGAUGGCAAGCUGGUGCACCAAGGCGACAAUGGUUGGGUCUAUGAGCGUUUGGCGCCCUAAACGCAGCCAAACUGAAGAACUGAAAAUGAAUUGUGUACUGAGUGCAUUUGUUAUGUCUUCCAAAAAAGCAUCUUUGUUAUAAAAAUUGUCAAAACUGAUUUUAAAAGGAGUGGGGAAUAUAGAAUGUGAAGAACGAGUAGAAAUAAAUAUUAGAUUUGGAGAAAAAUUAUGUGUUUGUAUUUCGCAUAUAAUUCGCUCUUAUCUGCACAUUAUGUAA